UAUACCAAAAACCAUAAAAUCCGUCAAGCUACAAGUUCCAAUCUUCAUCCAAAAAUCCUUAACUACAUCAAUAUCUUUUCAUCCUUCUCUUUCAACCCCAUUAACAAACUCUUCAAUCUAUACACUUUUCCCCAUCAAAAUCUUCAAUCCUUACACUUUCCCCCCAUCAAAAACUGCAAUCUCUACACUUUUCCUUCAAGAAUCUCAGAUUUGUUCACUUUUGCUUCAGAUCUUUACUGAUAGCUGAGGUUUUCGUGGUCUGGAAUGGCUUCCUUGGAUAUGACUCUUGAUGACAUGAUAAAAAGUAGGAGAAAUAGUGAGAAAGGAGGUAGGGGACAAGGCAGGGCCCGACGUGGAAGAGGGGCAGGAGGAUCAUUUAGAGGUGGAAGAACAACAGGAGCUCCUCCUCGUAAAGGACAACUUGGUGUAAAUGCUCGGCCAUCUGCCAACAGAAUUGCCAAGUCUUUCCGCAGAACGAAGAAUUUGCCAUGGCAGAAUGGCUUGCUUGAAGAUAGUCUUAGAGCUGCAGGGCUAUCAUCAUCAGGAUUAGAGAGUGGUACUAAGGUGUAUGUUUCCAACUUGGAUGUUGGAGUCACAAAUUCAGAUAUAAGGGAACUCUUCUCCGAGAUGGGUGAACUGAUACGAUAUGCAAUCCACUAUGACAAAAAUGGUCGCCCAAGUGGCUCAGCGGAGGUGGUUUUUGCCAGGAGGAGUGAUGCAUAUCAAGCACUUAAAAGAUACAACAAUGUUCAGUUGGAUGGGAAGCCAAUGAAGAUAGAAGUUGUUACUCCCAAGCCGGACAUUCCUUUAUCAGCUCGUGCAGAUGUUGGACGAGCAAAUGGAAGGAGAACGGUUGUCAUGACGCCGGGCUCAGCUCGUGGAAGAGGUGGUGCAUCUUCUGUCAAUCGUGGUUCAAGUCAAAGGGGCCGUGGUGGUUUUGGUAAUACAUCGGGACGUGGGCGUGGUCGAGGACGUGGAGGACGCGGUCGUGGUGGUAGGGGGAAGAAGAAUGGUGUUGAGACGUCGGCAGAAGAUCUUGACAAGGAGCUGGAAAACUACCAUGCUAAUGCAGAAGCUAUGCAGACCUAAUAGUGGCACACUUUCAAGAAUUGCAAGAAUGUGCUGUAAAGUUUCUUGACUGCUAUAAGUAGCUUUUAUGAUAUCUGAUAGAUUUGUUGAGGUUACUGCUUUUUGGUUUAAUGGAUUGUAACAUGAAUGUUGGAACGUCGAUCCAGUCAGUAUAAUGACUAUGGUUGUGUAAUUUUUGUUUUGUGACCAUCCAAGUGUUAACCAUGGAUCUGCAACUAACUAGCAAGCAUUUGCCUGGGGAUGAAUAUGAUGAGUAAGUUGAACUUCAA